GAGGCUGUGAACGUCGGAGAGAGAUUCACAUUCACACGGACUGGGAUGAGAGACAGCCCGACGAGAUGGAGACCUUCAUCCAUCUUUACCUGAGUCUGAUCGAUCUUGGGAGUCAAGCCAAGAUGUGACCGUCACGGCGCGUCAUAGUUUGGAUCUGUCCUGCCUUUACAACACUUGUUUCUAUAGCAACAGAAAUACCAGAGCAUCCAAAAAAUCCCCAUUCCCACAAUGCAGUCCUCUAGCUGCUCCUCUCAGCCUCCAAAACCGCGGCGCUUUGACGCCAGCAGGCGGACCAACACCGUCACUGCACCAAAGUCUCAUGGUCCUGGUUUCCAGAGGGAGGAUAAAAACAUGAACACGAUCACGACAUCCUCCCCACGUCGGGCUACUAAAGGCCCCGCCGCACCCACCAGGACCAGGGUAGGAGCGCAGCCUCGAGCGCCAGUCAGUCAGUCCAGGUUUGGCUCACAAAAACAGGGUUCCACCAUCUCCAAAUCAGCAAAGCCCAAACCCAAGAGUGCUCGAGCAUCGGCGGCAACCAAAAUCGCACCAGCAGCCACUCCACCGCCACUCCCCUCUGAUCUCCCUCUCGACCCCAACUGCAACGAGCCGAGCCUCCCGUGUCUGUGCUGCGAUGGCCGCUCCCCGCAGGACAACAACAGCAUGUUCAACCACAACCACAACAACAACAACACCAUCUCUAUCAGGCAGCAACUGCAGCUCCCCCCUCCUCCGGCCCCGGUGCCCCAGAGGCAGGAUGGGAAGGGGGCCAAAGAGCAGCCUCCCUCUCAAGCACAGGCCCAGCUGGAGGCCUCCGCCCGUCCUGCUGCCAGUCUGGAAAACGAAGGCAAGAAUGCUGGCAAAAGUGCUGAUCUGGACAACAAGAAAAAUGUGAAAGUAGAGGACGAAGACGACGAGGAGGAAAGCAGCGGGGACAUUGAUAUUGAUGACGACGAAGAGGCUGACAAUGAUGAUGAUGACGAUGACGACACCCUUGUCCCCCCCUGCUGUGACUGCCCCCCCUCCCUCCUGGAGUUCUCGCUCUCUUCUUCUACCUCCUCAUCCUCCACUUCCAUCAGCUCCUGCUCUGACCUGGAGUCCGACUGCGCGGAUCAAUCCGCCUCCAUCUGCUCUUCCCAAGACCAAGACAAUCUCUCUGUCGCUUUGUCCCCCAAGGAACGCUCUCUCCCACAAGAAUGCCAGCCUCCUGCACGUUCACCCCCGUCCCUUCCUAUCAGCCGCAGUCCCUUCGUCUUAACAUCACAGUCCCCGAUUCCCCCUUGCUCCCCAGAUGAGGGCUACCCCUCCGCAAUGGACUCCCCUUCUCCUGACUAUUUAGGACUCAAAGGUGAAUCCGAGGUCGCCAAAAUCGGUUUGCUUGAUUUUCUGGAAUCAGUUGGGGAGUUUAGGAAAAUGGAGCGCUUCAGCCAGGUGAUCCAAGUGGCUCGCUGGGAUCUGGAGGGGGAGCAGCACUGGGAUGUUCUGAGGGAUUGGCUCGAUCACCUGGAUCGCUUGGAGAAGGUGAACAGGGAGGUCAAACUCUCCUACAUCGCCAGACUUCACGAGAAGGGAUUUGAUCUUGGAGAUCUGGAAGAGCAAGAUCUCUCAGACUUCAUGGACGAAAUGGGCAACAUCGACAUUCCCUGGAAGUUAUAUAAAAGCGGAAAGGGGGCGAUGGGAGACUCUCAGGAGUUCUCAGAUGCGGGGGUCGACCUCACCGCUCCGUCAGACUGUGAGGACCCUCUUGCUCCUGAUUCCCUCACCCCUUCUCCUGUUGAGCCGCCACCUAGACCCCCAAAACCUCCGGCGCGUCAUGCCAGCGUCAGCUCCGACCUCCACACCUACAUCAAUAUCAGCAGGGAGACCACCUCCAUGGCCGUCUCCACCUCUCCUACACUGUCUACUUUCUCCCCGAACUCCACCUCCCCGACAUUCACCACUUUCAGGUGUGAGAAACCCCUACCACCAUCUCCACCCUCCAUUCCACCUCUCCCCACCUCCAAACCAGUCCCGUACCUCACCCUUUACACCACCCCUUCUCCACCUCCAGCUAUCCCCACACCAACUCCUCCCAUUCCUCCUCCUCGGAAGCGUCACCUUGCCAGGAAGGAGGCACAGCGGCUCGCUGCUCUCCAAGCUGAACAAGAAAAGACCCCGCUCUCUCUUCCUCCUCCUACCACACGUCCCCCACCUCUGCCUCCUCCACCUGUUAUCUCAAUCUCCUCCUCAUCUCCCCCUGCCAUACCACCUCCACCUGCCCUGCCUCCUCCUCCCUCCUUCCAUGCACUGGAUGUAGAGAUUCGGAAGUUGUUGAUGCUCGCUGGGUUGACCCAAGCAGAGCUCCUCAAACUCAGCCCGGAGCUUGGAGUUUGUGUCGGAGGGAUGGAGGAUGAGGGAGAUCAUGUGAUCUCAUCCAGGUCUGUGGAGCCACAUGAGUUCAGACUAAAAGAGGAGGAGAAGGAUUAUGACUCCGAGUUCAUGGUCAGGGACGGAUUGAGCAGCAGAGGCAAGGUGGACGGAGAUCGAGGAGCAGAAGAAGGCAAAAAGAAAGAGGACAGCACACAAAGAACCACGUCAUUCACUGAGAUGGCGAGGAGAAGGAAGAGGAACAGUGGUGUGACCUCCGACCCUUACUACAGCACUGGUGUUAUCAGUAUUCAUGAAACUAAAGCAAAUAGCUUUGAAUCUUUCCGGUAUCCUUCCGAGGUGCCGGAUUCCCCUCCACCACCUCCUCCUCCGCCUCGCCCCUUACCGCCGAUUCCCCCGUCUGUGCCACCCCACAAAGUCAGCACCCUCCUGGCUAACUCUGCACAGCCUGAGCGAUUUGAUUGGCUCAUAGCAUUCACACCUGACUGUGAUGCCCCGCCACAGCCUCCACCCCUGGCAACAAGAAAAUCUCCCAUGGAAAAGAAGCUCACUUCAUCAGGGUCAUCUCUGGCUCCAAAGGUCACGACUUUUAAAGAGCUGCGCAACCGCAACAAGAACGCCUCCCCGUCAACAAAAGUGAUCACCGACCCGGACCCUGACCCUACAGUUAUCACCCCAGAUCCAGACAUACUGUACAACCUGAGGUGGAGGAGAGAGAAGCAAGGCGGCGACGGCAACCAAUGGGAGUACACCUCUCAGGCACAGGCUUUCUUCAUGCAACCGCCGCCGGCCCUCACCUCCAUGGCCGCUCUGAAGGAGAUGCUUCAGAGGGCCGACGAGGAGGGGAGACGACCAGAGCUGUGCCCCUCGCAGAAGAUUGGCUCCUCGGUCAGUGACAGCAGCCUGUGGACCAUGGGCAGAGAGUGGGAGGGCGAAGAAGUCAAGAGGGAGGAGAAGGAAGGGAAAGAAGAAGAAGAAGAAGAGGAGGAGGUGGAGGUGGAGGUGAGAGGACGAGCUGAUGGAGGACGGACAUUUGAAUCAAGAACUUCAGCUGUUCGCAGUGUCUCAUUUGCUGGCUCUGUCCAGAGGACAGAGACGUCCUGGAUGGGCGAAGAUGUGAAGCAUCCAGUGAGAGGUCUGGGCCUGUCCUCUCUGUGCCUGCAGGAAAAAAAAGCUCUGGUCAGUGCGGUCAGUGUGGCAGUCGAAGCCAUCUUGGCCCAGUUCAGCUCUUCCCGAACUGUCGUCCAGAAGUCUCUCUCAGUUAACAAGGCGUUAUCAGGAGACAGCACUAUAAAUCCAUCUCUGGGCCGUCUGGUGCUGCAGUGCCUCUGCCCUGCCCUGCACAGCUUGCUGACCGACGGCUUGAAACCCCACCAGAGUGACCUGAUUGCAGGCAGGAGGCCAAAUUCUGCCUGGGGUCUCGUCCAGGCUUCAACCAGGCCAGGUCCUAAAACUCAAGCAUUGUUCAACCUGCAAGUUCGAGUUGGAGAGCUGCCUCAGCUCAGACAGAGCAAACACAGGUUCAACGCUUUUCUCCUCGGCCUGCUGAACACCAAGCUUCUUGAUUUCUGGCUGUCUCACCUUCAGUCUUGCAGUGAUGUGCUGGAGACAUAUUAUCGUCCCACCUCCUUUAUGCGUCUGUCGCUGACCGCCUGCCAGCCUUUGUUCGAGGAGCUGCUCCUCGUGCUGCAGCCUCUCAGCCUGCUCACCUUCAACCUCGACCUGCUCUUCCAGCACCACCAUUUAGAGCCCGACAGUCACAGCCCAGAGAUUCCCAGUCCACCCUGUCAGGAUGCUGGCUUCCAGCUUUCAACAGAGGGGUCCCAGUCCAAAAAUGCAGGCUGCAGAUAUAUCGAAAGCCUGUCAGAAGUGGACUUUGGAAGCCGAGAAUAUCGGGCAGCCAAAGAAACAUUGUCACCAUCGGGUAAUCCAAAGAAUGAAGCAUCACACAGCAGCACUGCACACAUAAAGGCACCGGUCACUCUCGGGCAGACAAGUCCUCAGCUGCUGUGGGUGCAGGAGAAGGAAAUUGGAGACUUACCUCCUCCUGAUGUUGAGGAGGACAGCUUCGCUCAGCAGGCAGGACAGGUCAUCCAGCAGGGAUGGGGAGCUGUGAUGCGUUGGGGAGGCAGACUGAGUCAGAACCUGUCUGAAUUCAGCCUGAAAAAGGAGGAGAUGAAGACGGACCUGCCGGACCUCCAGGCACAAGCAGGGAGUGACUUUGCUCCAGUCAGCGGUGGUGCUCAGGUUCCCUGGGGUCUGGGGCGGCUCUUUGGAGCCUCGAAAAGCCUCAACAGCCCACCAGGUCACACACCACCAACUAGACGUCCCUCCCAGUGGCUGGCUCCUGGUGUCACUGCUCUGACCCGAAUGGUGAGCAGCAACUCCACCCCAAUAAUAAGGAGGGCCCCGGAGCCCCAGGGAGAGAGCGAGCCAAAGUCAGAGAAAGACGCUGAUACACUGGAGAUGAAGGACAAACCCAGACCACUCAGGUCAGUACGAACGCUGUGUGACCACUCGGGGACGGGCUUGGAGCUCAGCUUCUGCAAAGGGGAGGAACUGGUGGUGUUAGGGGGAGUCGAUCAGGACUGGAUUCGCUGUCGUCAGGGAGACAAAGAGGGGCUGGUACCUAUUGGCUACACCUCCCUCAUCAUGUGACUUCGACACCAUUACUGCUGCACUCAAUCAAUAACAAAAUAAAACAAAUAUAUAUAUAUAUUUUAGGCGAGUGUUGAGAGGUUACGGUGAGGCUCCACUACUCUGAAAGGGAUAUUUCACGCUUGCUCGGCUCAAGUUGACUGCAUAACACCAUCUGUUCUGCUUUGCGUGCAUCAGGAGCAGUCUGCAGCCCUCUCUCCCUUUGUGAACAUAUGGGAGUUUUUUCCCCACAUCACAAUCCAUCCAGUUUGGUAGCAUUAAACUAAUGGAUGUUAGCAGCAGGAACGCAGCAGAUGGUGUGAAAUAAUGAAGUCAAAUUUGGACCAUUUCUUACUGGAAGACCUUUGAUCUCGGAGUGAAGUAUCCCUUUAAAACAUCCUUUUUCUCAAUUUCCUUGUCAGCUCACUGAUCUGAAAAUGAUCACAAGGGAAAUUCUGUGAGUGCUUUCAGAUCAGCGGCUGCCCGUCGUGACGAAGCAACAGCCUGGCCGCAGCCACGUUGAAAUCUCUAGCUGUCAGCCGUGGAGUCGUGGCUCGCAGGUUGCGGAGCAGAGAAAGCGUGUGAGAGUAGUGGAGCCGUAGCUCCUGUUGCAUACCGCGUAGUAAUGUAGUGAACUGUAGCUGUGUAGAUCUGUGUUCUCUUGACCUUUCACCCCUAUCGACCUCUCACCUUUAUCGCCUGGUUCAUGUGUGUUUGACAUGUUUCUGCUACUAUAUUUGACUGUAUAAAUAUACAUAAAAAAUCUAUAUAUAGGUAUAUAAAUUGAGAUUGAUAUUACCAAGAUAGAUAGAAAGAUAGAUGAACAAGAGAAAGCAGAUAGUAAAAACAUGAGCAGCAGCUUAAUACUGUGGCCACAUUGAGGAAAAAUUCUUUACAUCUGCAACUUUACACACAUUCGGUAGUUGUCACACAUGCAAAAAAGUAUCUUUCCUCCUGUUUGCUUCGUGUAUUGCCAUCGUCUUGCCGCCAUAUUCAUAAAAUUAUUAGAUUUAGCCACAUACCUUAAUCACUGUAUGUAAUAUGCCAUGAAUGCUUUGAAUGAAUGCCAGAAAAUAUCUAUCCAUCCCACGCAGUCGUAGAAGAUAAUAUCAGACAACAGCAAUCUGUAGCUACAUGUCCAAACCCUCACGGGGCCAACGCGUGUUGGAGUAAACAAAACUAUGCUCAGCUCUUGUUCAAACACUAUCUGACCUUAAAUUCAAUGCAGUGAGAAAAUCCCAGAUGUAUGUAAUUCAUAAACGCUAAUGUAAAGUCUGUGGGUUUGGUGGCCGGUCUUCACCUCGUACCUCAGCUUUUGUAUUUAUCUACCAUGUUUGCUCAUCAUAAUCAUUGAUAUUAAUGAUAGUGGUAGUAAUGGUGGAAGUGAUAUGUUGAUUCUAAUGUUGCUUUGUGUCAUAUAUUUAUUAGUUAUUCUCUAGAUUCUGUAUUGAUGACUAUGCAUAUGGUUAAAUGUACAACAGAAAGCCUUUUUUGUUUGUUUUAAAGUCAUGGUUUUGGUUUGAUGUUGACACCUGAAGCCUAAAUUAAUAGCUUAAAUGGUUAAUAUAAAAGUAGGGAUGGGAAUUGACAACUGCUUGCAAAGCUGAAUUUAAAUCGAAUGCCUCCGAGCUUAUUAAUUCCCCCUUUCGAUGCCCGUGUUGGAUUGAAAUGUGUUCCCUCGUCGAUUAAUGUUUCCCCCUGUUAAUGCAUAGUGCCCCCCUCGGUGGUUAGGGUUAGGUCUACGGGUUUGGGGGAAAACAUAUUGAUGGGGAGACAGUCUUUGACACAACACCGGUAUGUUCCUCUGACAGCUGCAUGUUGCAGAACUGAUGCCAAACUCGCGUCUACGCUGCUGGAAACUUGCCACAAGGUCCAAAGCGUUGUGUCAUUUUACAAAAAAAGAUGACAGCUGUGUCGCCUGUAAUGUUUGUAAAAACUUAUUUUCAAGUAAAGGUUGAAACACCAGUAAUAUGAGAAAACAUCUCUCCGCGCGACAUAAAGUUAAACUCCAGGAAUGUCACGUGUUUGACACGGAUGCCACUGCUUUCCAGCUGAGCAGCAUGUUCGUUAUGGAUUGUAAAUAUCCUUCGUUAAAAUAACUUGCAGGCAGCAGAGUUUUUCUUUGACUAAGAAAACAGAUUAACAGUGGAGCCUUUGCACGCCUGUUGUCCUUAAUAUUUCUCUGCCCAGGGGCCAUAGAUGCAAAAUUGGUUGUAUGGCUAAUUUUGGCUCAUAAAUUGUGUUGUGCAAAAUAAAAAGGUAAAAUUAAAACCAAACCUCUGAGGCUGGAAACUAAAGCAAAUACUGAAGUGCCAAAAACUGCAAUUCCUUAAAUGGCCACUUGAGGCUGGCAGUAAAUCUCAAUAGACUUUUAUUCACUUCAUUGUAAAAUACAUUGAAAUUAAUGACAACUGUACGUGAGUUGAAUCUUUAUAUAUUGCACCAGUUUAUAUUUUAGAAAGGCUUAAAGUUAUGCAUGAUCAAGGGCGAUCUGCUUGAGUGACAGGCUAUGUCCAGCCUCUCGUCCUAAAAUAGCCACUUUUGGCCCCAAAACAACAUGAUGGCAUUGGCCAAAAUGCUGAAUGCUGAGGCUUCAGAUUGGCCUGGUAGCUACAACCAUAUUUCUAUACAGUCUAUGUCGAAAAUAAACCUGAGUCGAGUGCAUGCCUUUAUUUCUACAGAGAUAAUAAAACAGUUGCAUUGACGCUGAAGGCCGAAAAGGCCUUAUUUUUUCCCACCAGAAAAUUUGAGGAAUCAAUAAGGGAAACGAUAAAGAAUUGGACCAAAAAGCACAAUCAAUAAUGUCACUGGUAUCAAUGAAAUCGUAUCAAUUCCCAUCCCUACAUAAAACAGCCAGAUUUUAACUAGUCAUGACAGGCUGACGCUAAAGGACCUCCGUUUAGUUAAGCAGCAACGUCUCAUAGCUAUCGAUCUAUCAGGGAAAGCUCUUCAAAGUUUCCUCGUGUUAUUGUGUCAAUGCCAUGUAGCGUGACAUUACCGUCACUAUGGCAACAGUCCAGUAGCAUUAAGUCGAAGCAGUGCUCGUAACUUGUAACUUAUGAUCACGAUAAAAUGCCAUCAAAACGGAUAAGGUGUUUACAGGAAAUAACGUCUAGAUGAAGAUAAAAUGACACCUUUUGUUUUGUUUUAUUUGUGUGGUUAUAAGUCUUAUUGAAUUUGUUAAUUUAUUGGAUGUGUUAUUUAUCGAUCUUGAGGUUUUUGAAAGGAAUAGCUCUAUCUGACCCAUCUAGUGUCUCUCUAUCUAUCUGGGUUCUUUAUCUGUGUGUGUGUGUGUGUGAGCGUGCACAUGGCAGAGUAUGUGGUAGUGAAAGCAGAGAUGAGUGUGAGCACAUCGGUGUGUCUGCACAUCCUGCACUUUCACUUAUGUGUGUGUGUGUAAGUGUAACAAUGAGAUCUGUACCUCCUCCUCCUCCUCCUCUUUCUCUCUGGUGUCAUGUAGCCUGUAGACAUCCCUGUGUCCUACUAUUGCAUAUAGUUCAGUGCCCCUCUAGUGUCAGUCACUGUCCACCUCCUGCAUGUGCUUGUUUGUAAAUACACCAAAUAAAAUGAUCAGAAUAAACCAAA